AUGGUCGCCUCUGCUCUCAGAAUGCGCACUCCCAGCGCGAUGUUUCUCUCAAAAGGCGCCUCUACCCUGAGGCGACCGCAGGCCACUUACAAGUUCACGGCCGUGAUCCAACAACAAUUACCCGCCAUCUCUGCCCUUUCCCGCUUCUAUGCUUCAAAGUCUUUCCCUCCUCACACAAUUAUUAGCAUGCCGGCCUUGUCGCCGACCAUGUCCGCCGGAAACAUCGGAGCUUGGCAAAAGAAGCCGGGUGAUAGCCUGCAACCCGGUGAUGUUCUGGUUGAGAUCGAAACCGAUAAGGCGCAGAUGGACUUCGAAUUUCAGGAAGAGGGUGUCUUGGCUAAGGUGCUGAAGGAGACUGGCGAAAAGGAUGUACCUGUUGGUUCUCCCAUCGCCGUCCUGGUCGAGGAGGGCGUUGAUGUCGCCGCCUUCGAAUCAUUCAGCCUGGAGGAUGCUGGCGAGGGCGCCGGUGCUGCUCCCGCCAAGGAAGCCACGGAAGCCCCCAAGGAAACCCCCAAGACCUCAGAACCUUCGACACCCGAGCCUGCCCCUGGUGCUUACGAGCCCGACACCUCCGGCGAGAAGCUCCAGCCCAGUCUCGACCGCGAGCCUGCCAUUAGCCCUGCCGCCAAGGCCCUGGCUCUUGAGAAGGGUGUGCCAAUCAAGGCUCUGAAGGGUACCGGACGCGGUGGCCAAAUCACCAAGGAGGACGUCGAGAAGUACAAGUCUACCGCACCAGCUGCUGCUGCUGAGGCUGGCUCUGAGGACAUCCCUCUCACCUCGAUGCGCAAGACGAUCGCUACUCGCCUCCAGCAAUCCUGGAACCAGAAUCCCCACUUCUUCGUUUCCACCACCCUCUCCGUCACCAAGCUUCUGAAGCUUCGUCAAGCCCUCAACGCCUCCGCUGAUGGCAAGUACAAACUCUCCGUCAACGACUUCCUUGUCAAGGCUUGCGCUGCCGCUCUUCAGAAGGUUCCCCAGGUCAACUCCAGCUGGACUGAGGAGAACGGCCAGGUUGUCAUCCGUCAGCACAAGGCCGCUGAUAUCAGUGUCGCCGUCGCUACCCCUGUUGGAUUGAUCACUCCAAUUGUGAAGAACGCGCAGGGUCUUGGCUUGGCGAGCAUUUCCAACCAGAUCAAGGAUCUCGGUAAGCGUGCUAAGGACAACAAGCUCAAGCCCGAGGAGUUCCAGGGCGGCACUUUCACCAUCAGCAACAUGGGCAUGAACCCUGCCGUUGAGCGAUUCACUGCUGUCAUCAACCCCCCUCAGGCCGGUAUUCUGGCCGUUGGUACCACUCGCAAGGUUGCUGUUCCUGUUGAGACUGAGGAGGGUACGUCCGUUGAGUGGGAUGACCAGAUUGUUGUUACUGGUAGCUUCGACCACCGGGUCGUUGAUGGUGCUGUUGGUGCGGAGUGGAUCAAGGAGCUUAAGAAGGUUGUCGAGAACCCCUUGGAGCUUAUGCUCUAA